GCCUUCCAUCCCCCAGGUGCCCUUCCUCUGUCGCACGCGCGGGUGCCCGGUGUCCAGUACUCGGGUCCUGUGGCCGAGCAUGGCCACAAUGGCGGCCGCCACUCUGCUGCGCGCGACGCCCCGCCUUAGCGGUCUCCGCGCCAGUCCCACCCCGUGGCCGCACGGGCUGCUGCGGCCGCUGAGGACCCCGGCCUGGCCCCUCUUGUGUCGGGGCCUGGCCGUGGAAGCCAAGAAGGCCUACGUGCGCGACAAACCUCACGUGAACGUGGGCACCAUCGGCCAUGUGGACCACGGCAAGACCACCCUGACCGCCGCCAUCACCAAAAUUCUAGCAGAGGGAGGUGGGGCUAAGUUCAAGAAGUAUGAGGAGAUUGACAAUGCCCCAGAAGAGAGAGCUCGGGGCAUCACCAUCAACGCUGCCCACGUGGAGUAUAGCACUGCUACCCGCCACUAUGCCCACACAGACUGCCCAGGCCAUGCAGAUUAUGUUAAGAAUAUGAUCACAGGCACUGCACCCUUGGAUGGCUGCAUCUUGGUAGUGGCAGCAAAUGACGGCCCCAUGCCCCAGACCCGAGAGCACUUACUACUGGCCAAACAGAUAGGAGUAGAGCAUAUUGUGGUGUACGUGAACAAGGCAGAUGCAGUGCAGGACUCUGAGAUGGUGGAGCUUGUGGAGCUGGAGAUCCGGGAACUGCUCACUGAGUUUGGCUACAAAGGGGAAGAGACCCCAGUCAUCGUAGGCUCUGCUCUCUGUGCCCUUGAGCAACGUGACCCUGAGCUGGGAGUGAAGUCCGUGCAGAAGCUGCUGGAUGCUGUGGACACUUACAUCCCAGUGCCCACCCGGGACCUAGAGAAGCCUUUCCUGUUGCCUGUGGAAUCUGUUUACUCUAUCCCUGGCCGGGGCACAGUGGUGACAGGUACAUUGGAGCGUGGCAUUUUGAAGAAGGGAGAUGAAUGUGAGCUGCUGGGACACAGCAAGAACAUUCGUACUGUGGUGACAGGCAUCGAGAUGUUCCACAAGAGCCUGGAGAGGGCAGAGGCAGGGGAUAACCUUGGGGCCCUGGUCCGAGGGUUGAAGCGAGAGGACGUGAGGCGUGGCCUGGUAAUGGUCAAGCCAGGUUCCAUCCAGCCCCACCAGAAGGUGGAGGCACAGGUGUACAUCCUCAACAAGGAGGAAGGUGGCCGCCACAAGCCCUUUGUGUCCCACUUCAUGCCUGUCAUGUUCUCCCUGACUUGGGACAUGGCCUGUCGUGUCAUCUUGCCUCCUGGGAAGGAGCUUGCCAUGCCUGGAGAGGACCUGAAGCUCACCCUAAUCUUGCGUCAGCCCAUGAUCUUGGAGAAAGGCCAGCGUUUCACCCUCCGGGAUGGCAACAAGACUAUUGGCACUGGCCUUGUCACUGAAACAAAACCUAUGACCGAUGAAGACAAGAGCAUCAAGUGGAGUUGAGGCUGGACUUGUGCUCAAGCUGCUUGAGUUUAGGCAACCCUGGCCAGUUUCUCCCUUUUCCGAUGCCCAUGGGGCAUGGGCUGCAACCCCAGAGUGCAGCUGGACGGACACUUCCCCCGGUCACAAGGGGCGGCCUGCCACGGGAGGCGGGCCAAUAAACUGUUCUGUGAAUAGUAA